AUGUCCGACAUGUUGUUAAUAUUAAGAAUCGCCGAAUUGGUAAGUGUAUAACAGGUAUGAUUACCUAACCUAACCUAACCUUACAUUCCCUACAAACCUUAUUCGCUCAUAAAUUCGUGGACGCCACCAUAUCGCGUAUUAUACAUUUUCUCCGAAUUUCCGUGAUUUUUCCCACCAAAUCGGACUGUUAUACAAUUUUUUGAAAAAUAUGACUUAGUUCCCCCUCGCCCUCCCCCUUCAACAAGUCUCUGGAACCGCCCUUUGAAGGAACUAGAUAACACAAUAGUCAUAGACGCAACUACUGGAGGUGCUUGGGGGAACUGAAAGUCCCGUAAGCUCUAAUUCAGUACGCCUAAUCCUAAUUCAGCACCCUCAGUUCUAAAACCCAAAAAAAGUUUAAUAAUGAGAAGUUUUUUUUGAACCACGGAAAAAAUAACCAAGACAAAAACUCACCGGAAAAAAAAUCCAAUGGAAAAAAAACCCAAAGAAAAAAAAUGUUCCCAGGUGAAAAAGCCCAAAAUGUGGUAGGUAGUGUUUUUCUUUUAAACAAAAUAUAUUUUAAAACAAAAGCAUUUCCACUGGGAAUUUCCAAUUCUAAAUUAUUUUAUCCAUGUGCCUGCCAAAAUAUUGGUAUUAUUGUUAUAACAUAUUAUGAAUAUUAAUAUGAUAUUCCAAUAAAUUGACAAAUAUAAAUAAACAUAUGUGUAAUAUUUUGGACGAUGUAAAAACUUUAUAAAUAUUGCAGGGUACUACCCUACAAUAAAAAAUAUCUAUUACUAUAAACAAUAAAUUAUCAAUAGUCAGUCAAUUUAUCGUUAUAGUAACCAUUCAAUCUUUAACUAACAAUUUUAAAAUAUUACAUUAUAGUACAAUAUUACUUUAUCAACAACAUAUUUAUAUAUACGUAUUUACAUUUACGAUUUUAUGGCUACAUACUCACAUGGGCUUUUUUCUUUGGGUUUUUUUUUCCGUCUACCGUUUCUUUAUUUUUAAUGUAUGUUCUGUUUUAUUUGACGUUUUUAUCAAACAGUUUAAUGGUUCAUGAAUCAUUGUGGUUAUUAUACGAGAUCUCAAUACCUCAGCUCCACAUACAUUGACAUCCAAUUCUUAGUCGUAACUAGAAAGCAGAUUUUUAGGUUUUUACAUUUUUGCUUUAUGCAGUACAACGAGGAUAAAAAAUGUGGACGAUCUAUCUAUUUACAGAGUACAUGGAAAAAAAUUUAUUUUGCAUAUUUUGGAGAUUAGAGAAUAUUCAGCCCAUUUUUCAUUAUUUAGAAUAUAUUGUAUUAUUUUUCAUAAGAAAAUAUCAUAUAUUUAAUUCUUUUCUCGAGUUGUGAUAUUUUCAUGGUAGGAAAAAAUGAUUAUUAUUUGUUUGAUUGAAAAUCGUUCAAUUUCUGGUUUGUUAGUCAAAUUGGUAAUGUUAGUCACUCUAUUUCUCCCGGAUCGUAAACAAAAUCAUUAAGGAAUUUUGGCGAAUGAUAAUAUCUAGUAUCUAUGAAUUAUGAUUAUAUGUGACCAAAUGUUUUAAAAUGAUAAAAACGAUUGAAUUGACCAUUAAGGUUGUUUAGUUUUUAUUUUAAUUUUGUUGUAUUCAAUUAUAUUCUUGAAAAUUCUGAAACAUAACAAUAAUAUUGUGAAACAUAUUAUCUUUUAAAUACAACUGAGUUUAAAUAAUUUACCAAAGAAAUGAAACAAGUAAAUACAUAUUUUGAAGUUGAUUAUCAAGUUCAAGUACCUAUAUCAUUAUAACACGAGUUGCAAUAUUAAUAGUAAAUGUAAAUAUUAUAAAAUUUUAUGUAAGUAUAUAUACAAAUAUAGAAUACAUAUUUCUUAUUGUAACUUAUUUAUAAUUCUAUAAAUUAUUUUAAAUAAAAAAAAAUCAUAUUUUUAUGUUUAAGAAAUAUUAAGAGAAUAUUUUAAGGUUUUUUUUGGAGCAUAUUAGCGUCAUAUUUUAAACUUUUAAGAACCUAAAUAUCCGCUCUCUAGUCAUGACAAAUAAUUGACGUUAAUUCUGUGAGUAUUAUUUCUAUCAUAAUACUGUAACAUUAGGUACGAAUAUUUGGUAUGUUCAUUCUUUCCCCGAGGAGUCCAUGGAUUUUAGAACCGAUUUACGUAUUUUAUUUUACAAAACAUAAUUUUAAGAAGAAAACUUCCUUAAAUGUUUCUAAGUUAUUACAAGUUGGUUGUCGUCAAUGUGCCAAAAUUGGCUAAAGACAAACGAUCCUAAUAUAGAGUAAAGGCCACUUUGUAUAUGGUGGAUGGUUUUACGUGAUACCAGUAUGCAUAGAUAAGUAUACUAAGUACUGCCAAUACGUUUAAUGUUAGCUAUCUAGUAUUAAAUAUCUAUCGUUUAUAAUAGUAUGAUAAGUGUACUCAUACAUGAUUGGAAAAUAGUGUUUACAGACAGAUAACAUAAUAAAAUAAAAUUGGCUGUCGAUAUUAUCAGCUGAUAUUUUUGUUAUUCUAUGGAAUAAGAAUUUCGAUAAAAGUUAAUUAAAAUUAAUUAACUAUCUGAAAUAUCCUCCGGUUCAUUAAUACGAAAUAAUUACCCCGUAUAGAGCAUAUUAUUAUCUAACUUUUAGAACUUUUUUUUUUUAUUAUAUUUAAUGCGAAUAAUAUUAUCUUGACGAGCGUUUAUUAAUAAACCUCCCAAAAUUCUUCGGCGAAGACUGGAAAUCGAUAAACUUCGGACUCGAAAGGCGAACGUCAUGUGGAUUCAUUCCGUUUGGGUUUUGCGAUACUCAAUAUAUUUUUAUAUUAUUAAUAAAAUAUAUUUUGUUGUGUCCACCUGGUUAAGUGAUGAUAGAAAUUUACCUUUUUGUUCAGCUAGAAUUAAAUGUGGUGCCGCUGUGCGACGCAGCCUAUUUUACUAAAUUUAUUAUAAUUCCAAAAUUUGCAUGCACAAAUUCCUAGACUAUUCCCGGGUGUUUUUCCUGAGUUUAUUCAGGUUUUCCUGGUUUCCAGGAGCGGCGACAAACAUGAAUUGAUAAUAUUUUAUAGUUAUAUACAGUUGCAUUAUUAAUUUCAAGACCAAACUUGGGUGUGCAAAAGCUGUGACGGACACCGCGGCCGCGCCGAACGCCCAGAUUUUAAUAAUUUAUAGAAAUAGCCUAUUGUUGUAUUGAUUUCGCAAUGUUGUCGCUCGUAUAGCAAUGUUGUACACAGUUGUAGUAUAGUUAUACUAAACCCGAAAUAAAAACAAGACGAUGAAAAACGAUUCAAAGAGAAAUAUUAUAUUAGGUAGAUAUUGUUAUUCGAUUCUAUGAAAUAUUGUGACGCGUGGGUAGCUGUCGUUAUUUUUGUGUGCGAAUGAAAAUACACAACAAAAAAUUAAGUUAUUCCAUUUUGAAAUGACAUCAAAUUGGACCGUCAUUAGCUGCGCUAUUCAUGGAAUCGGAAUAUUGCAGUUAUUCGCAACGUUUUUUGAUUUAUUUAUUUAUUCCAAUAUUAUAGCCACCAUUUACUGAAUUGUACGCAGCUAGUAGCUACGUACUUCUUUUUUUAUCGGAUGAACUCAAACAUUAAACUAUCUAAACAAUUAAAAUAUCUAUACUCUCCCGAUUUUCAACAACGUUUAAAUAUAAAAUUGUAAUAUAUAAAUAAGUACCUUAUAGAUAAGUACUUAUAAUUGUAUAGUAUGUAUCCGAAAAAAAAAAUUACCGCCUACAGACGCGCAUCAGAUUCAAGUGAAAAAUAAUCUCCGUCGUGACUACAUGACGUACCCCACAUCCCCACCUACUACUACUACUACUACUAUUCGCUACUUAUACUGACGAGUGAAAAUUCUUAGAACAAUAUAAUAUUUUGGUUUUUGAUUACUGGUAGUUCAACGCUUUAGAUCGGUUUUUGUAUUAAUCCUCCCGAAUGCAAAAGGUAAUAUUAUGUACGUGUUGUCACCACGAAUCGUAAUCACCAAUAAAGUGAAACCAAUACGGUACUUACAUAAAAAUAAUUGUACUAUAGUUUUAUGAUGUUUGGGUAUUUGACACCAGCCUAAUUUGUACAUUUACGUUGUCGAAUAAAAAAAAAAUAAAUAAUGGGGACGGGUGCAACCACUGGUGUAGAUGCGAAGUUGGGAAGGUAGGAUACAGAUAGGAACUUAAUAUAUAUCUGUAAAUAACGAUAAACAAUUGCUAAUGAAAAAACGAUUCAGAGCGAAGUUCAAUUGAUAGUAAUGCUUUGUCAACAAUAUAUAUGUCAUUUUGUAGUAAAAUAAUUAAAUAGGCUUUAUAUAUAUUUUUUAGUACAAUUUAUUUAAUGUUGUACCAAUUUCACCUGUUCAACACAACGACGUUAUGAUAUCAAAAAAUAUAGAAAACUAUUGAAUUUUGUCUAAUAUAAUUAAACACCUACGCAAUUGAUUAUUUUUUCGUUUCAAUUAUAUUCUCAGUUCUCUGGCAACAUCAUUAUCGUUCACUGCAAAACAAAUAUAAUUACUCAUAAAAUAAUUAAUUUUUCUCGAAGAUGUCCCCUCACUUACAUUACAUUUUCAAAUUAAAAACAUUAAAAAUUAUUAUUACUAGUAUUAUUAAUUUUUAGUUAUUAGUUAAUUUGUAAGCGGUUUUGAAUUUCGAGUUUUAACCAAGGGCGAUCGUUUGUAUACUACGUUUGUGAUAAUUUGUGCCAGAGUUCCUGUUUUGUGCAACAACCCCUAAUAUUAUCUAUUGAUAUAACUUGGUGUGAAGAAUUUUUAAUUGAAUUUAAACAUUCAUACCAUCUCAUUUCAUAUUUUGAACUCAAACCGCUGUUUUCGGUCUUUAAAAAUAAAUGUAUGUUCCUAUUUCGUACACAAGGGGUAAAAUCGGUACAGGCCAGGAAGCAUAUCGGCAUUUUAUACUCAUAGUAGCUUUCUAACUAACGGGUCUAAACCUAAGAUAAAACUAUAACAGAUUAUGAGCUGGAAAAAAUGAUUUAAAAUUUAGAAUGUCAGGAACCAAUUUAUAGAUGAUUUUUAAAUGAUAUUGAGAAAAAUGGUUUAUAACUUGAUGAUAAGAAAUAAGAAUCCUUCCAUUUAUAAAAAAAAACUUUAACUAAUAGGUGUACAUAAAGACAUAAAUAUAAUAAGUAAAACUGUCUGAAAAUUACGCGUUUAUUAUAGAUAAUAUAAUGCUUUAUAAAAAUGUGUUUCUAAAAAGUUUGAUGUAGGGGCGCAUACAAAUCUGAAUUCUUAAGAUAAGAAAAUAACGGUGAGGGGUAGUUUUCAGAAAGACCCCUAUAGCGGCCAUUUAUUUCACAAGACGGAUUAAUAUACAUAAGUAAUAGUAAUUUAUGAACUUAAUAUCAUAAUGUAAUUAAAAUUUUCACUGAACUACAUGAAUACCUAUAUUAUAAUAUUUUGAAUAAGCAGUGGCGUAGCGAGGGAGAGAGUUUUGGUGUUCAAACACCCCCCUUUAACCAUAUUUAUGUCGAAAAUUAUAGUUUACAUACAGGGUGAUUUUUUUUUAUCAUGAACCAGCAGUUAUCUCAGAGAAUUUUAAGUGAAUUAAAUUUCUGUUUAUUCUAAUAACUAUGGAAUUGUUUAAGCUUUAUUUUAAAACCAUUUUUAAUUUUUUACCCCUACUUCAUAGAUAGGCAAUUUAUUAAUCUUCCCUACUCCUGUUUAAAUUGUAAACUGUUAUAACUCAUAAACGGUAAAUCUGAUAUUAGGUGUGAUGCAUAUCAAAAUUUCUAGAUAAAUAUUCUCUAUUCAAAUAUGUGUUCAAAAGUGGGGGUUCCUAUUUGAAAACCAAAAGUAUGCACUUAUCAAAGGAAUAUGGAGAAGGGGUAAAAAAUUUAAAGAGUACUGAUACUGGGUACGGGAGCAACCACUGUUGUAGGGGGGAAGUUGAGAAGGUAGGAUACAUAAGGUUAUUUCAUUUACACCUGUAAGCAAAUAUCGUUGCUUAACGAAAGACGAUUCCCGGCGCAGUUCAGUUUGAAAUUUGAAGUGCCAUAAUUUUUUUUGCGAUUUUCAUUUAAAUUUGAUUUCAAAACGCUUAAUAAAAAAAAGGCGUUCGAUGAUUUUGGAAAUUUUACCACAUCUAGGUAAGUCCAGUUUAAGUACUAUUACCAAAUUUCAAGUCCUUACGUGUAUUUAUAACCGAAUUGCAGCAAAAAAAUCUCCCAAAAAUUAAAAUUCCUUAAAAGCUCAAAAGUUUUGGCAAUGAUUCCGUAAAUCAAAAAGACAACAAAGAAGAUUUCUAGUGGUUUUUCGAUUAAAUAAUAUAAGCAUACAACAAUUAAGAUGAAUAACAUUGGUUUUCUUUUUACAAUGUUUCAGUCUCAUUAUUCGUAGUCUUUCUUAGUUCUUAUUAUAAAAAAAGUAAGAAUUUUAUAAUAAAUAAUAAUGUUUUUAAUGAAAAACCUACCUACACAGUUAUAAACUAUUUAGAUAUCUACUAUUAUAGCGUAAAUAUUUACAGAAUCAUUGUUUUAUUGUUUUGUAUAAAACUAAUGUUUUAAAUAUAUUACUAUGAAACUUUUCUUAAAAUACUCGAUUAUAAUGUUAUGUUUCUAUUCAAUCAACGAAUCAUAUAAUUAUCAUUUAUAUAUAAUUAAUAUUUUAAGUUUAAAAAUUAAUAUUAAUAGGUAUAAGAUUAUUUAAUGUUUGAGUAUAAAUUAUUUUUAGAAUAAUUUAAAUGUAUUAAAAUUUAUGCGCAAGUGAUAAUUAAUUUAAAUAUUAGAUAAAUGUUAAGUAAAGAUAAAACCUACCUAUAGUGACUUUUCACAGUUCAGGAUAAAAUAUACAAAUGCAUAAUUAAAUAACUUAUUUAACUAAUAAGUUAUAUACUUUAUAUAAUAAAUUAUGGCACACUUUUUAGUUUUAAAAAUAUUCAUUUUUCCACUGGCGAUAAAAUUUAAAACAUCAUUUAAAUGAUAAUUUUACUAUUUUUUAAAAUUAUAAAUCUAAAUUUAUACAGAGUAGUUCACCAAUCACGGCAAUUUGUUUUUGUUAAAUAUAAUGAAAUAUUGAACGAAUAUAAGUAGUUCAAUAAUUUAUAAGCGUUUAAAGUUUAAAGAAUGAGGCGAUUUAUUGAGUAAGUAUAAAAUGUCUAUAACAUUAAAAUGUAUGGUUUUUAAUCAUUUUUUUACUAACACAUUUAACCUAUUUAAACUUGAAACUUAACCCCACGUGACUCUUCUCCUGUUCUGCUUAUGUUGGUUUUUUUUUAGCCUUGUUGAUCGGAGGCACUGGCUAACUUUAUCUUCGUUUCCGAACUCCAAAAUCAAAUUGAUUCACCUUCCAAACUUAAGUCGCAGAAAUUAAUUUCCAUAUUCCUUUGCGCCAUACUUAUUAGUUCCCUUCUACGUCCUUCAUAUUCCUUCAGACAUCAUUCUUAAUACCCCUCCCUCGUUCAUCUAAUCUUGACCUCGUUUUUUCUUUAAAUUAUCUUUUAUCAUUGUUAUUUUGUGUUUUACUGUACAUACUAUUGUCUACCAACUUGUAAUUCGAAUUCGUCCGUUAUUUUGAAAAAUAAAUAAAUAUUACAACUAUUUGUACAAUAAUUUAUAAAACUAUAGGUACCUCCUUUCAGAUAAAUUAAUAUAAAAAAGUAUUGUCUACACUCACCACAUUAUAAACAAUAUAUCGUAUUUAUAUGUUUAACUUACACGGCUAUAAUACCUAUAAAAACCUUCAUACAUUAUUAAAUACGUAUCAUUUAUAUUCUGUAAGUAUACAAAGGUCAAUGGCAUACAAAGGAAUAAAGACCUGUAAAAAAGCACUCCCGUUAUAUAAUAACCAAAAAUAAUAUCUAAUUUCGGUAAAAUUAUAAUGUUUAUAUACAAUAUACACGCAAUGAUUGUCCUCUUAUCAAGAAUAUAUAUAUAUAUAUAUAAGUAUACGAAUAACUUACUCACAACUUCUUAGCCAAUUCUUUUUUAUUAUUAUUAUUAUUAUUAUUCUAUAUGUACGACUAUACAGUAUAUAUAAUAUAUACUAUACAUGCCAUAAUAGCAUUCCAUUCAAUAUGCAUAACAUAUUGUGUAUCCACUUAUGUAAUAUGAGUAGGUGCUUGUCGAAAUAAUAUAAUUUUCUAAUAUUAAAAUAUUUACAAUAAGUUACCUAUGAUAAUUAAUUCUAACAUAAUAUUAAUUUUGGGGAUAAAACGAUCAGAAACUAUACAGGUAAUAUAAUAUCGUAAAACCUACACAACUAUUAUUUCGGAUAUUAUAAUAUCAUUUUUUUUUUCAAGUUUUUUUACAAUAUUUGUUAAAUAUAUGUAGUAUUAUGUACGUAAAAUAUGAAUUAUGCUUCCUACAAACAUACAUACUAUACAACGAAACAACUGCAUAUUUCAUUCAGGGACAAAUCAAAUUCAUAUUUUGCAUAUUUUACAUAUUUUCGAAUUCGGCAGUUUAAAUGCAUGUAUAUUUUUAAAUAUCAUGUGUUGUUAUCAAUAUAUUUAUAUGCAGUAUUCAAAUAUUCAAUACACCUACGGGAGUCUCAUACCUAGCGAUAAAAAAAAAAUAUAAAAAACUUUUAUUAAUGUGCAUCGUUCAAACUGUUGUGUUUUACCAUUACUGUAUAUCAUAUACUGUAUAGUUGCUUAUAUAAAAACACGAAGACAAGUAAAGGUGCAGGUACUCAUCGUACAUAAAGAGUUAUGACACAUUGACACGUGUUAUUUAUUUAGCUUGCUAAAUAGAAACAAUAUGAUGGUAGAUAAAGUUAAUUUCGACUUAUUUGAAAUUGAUAAAUUGUUCUUGUGUAAGUACGUAGAGGUAUCUAUAUAUAAUAUACUUUACAUCUUAUUAAAAUAUUUUACGCGCUUCACAGAGAAAAAUAACGUUACAAAAAUUAAAUUAUUACAUCGGUGGAUACUAAAACCAUCUAUAGGUCAGGGGCGUAGGUAAUAAGGGAGGGGGGAACUCCCCCCACCAUUUCCAAAAUCCCAAUUAGUAAAUAAAUAGGUAUUAAUAAAAAUAAUAUACAUAAAUUGUAUAUUACAGUUAAAUUUCCCAAAUACCUAUUUAUAUUUUCAAAAAAUUAACACCUUUUGAUAUCAUAUAGGUAUUCAAAAAGGUUACAUUAUCCUUAUUUUUUUACCCUGAAUUUCGGAACCACUUCCCACUUUUGAUUUUCAAAAUAGCAACCUAUAUUAAAAAUUCUAUAAAAAUAUGAAGUUUUAGUUUAAAUAAAUUUGGUGUUCAAAUUGUUUAUUUACGUCAGCCCGUUGACUAUUUAUUGAAUCUUAAAAUUUGGUAGGGGAAGAGUGGCAUUUGAAUAUUUCUCCAUCACGUGAGGAAUUUACCCCCAAAAUCUAAAAACAAUCAGGAUAGUGCAACAUUUUAGAAUAUAUCUCUUAUUCAAAAAAAAUGUUAACACAAGUCAUUUUUCGAAGAAACAAGUAUUUCAUUGAAAAUUUGACCGUAAUAUGAAAUUUGGGAGAUUCUGUAUACUAUACAUCUACUAUAUAUUGUUCGUUUAACUUUCAGCUAAUUCCAAUUGUGAUUUCCAUUUGGAUGGUUGGAUUACGAAGUAAAAACCUUAUAGAUUUUAUCAAGUUGAUACAAGUGCAAACAAAAGAGUCGCAUAGUGUUUUCAAACUUAUUUUCACUCAAGUUUCCGUAUAUGUGAGUUUAUUUUUCACCGUGCUGGUCCUUUGUGGUGUACUGAUAAAAGAUCAAAUGCCUAAAACAUUGGUAAGUUAAAAAACACGAUUUAAAUCUAUUUUAAUUAAUUAUAAUACGUAAUUGAAAUAAUGUCCUAGCUGUUGCGUUAUAGUAGACAACUUUACAAGUUUUGUAAUAAAAAAAAUUUAAAACAAAAAUAAAUCACAUUUUUCCCAAAUGAUAACUUUUAUAUUUUUUUAUGGUAUAAAAAUGUUGGUUGUAUAUUGUAAAAUGAGACAAUAUUAAAACAGUAAUUUUAUCAUCCUAUAACAAUCCUAUAUUAACAUAUAACUCACCCUACCGCAGCAUAAAAUAUAAUAUAGGUACCUAUUAGAUAUUAUUCUAAACAUGAAAAAUCCUUGAACGCGAUAAUCAUAUAGUUUGCAUACUUGCAUACCUACUAUUAACAUAUAUUUCUUUGUUAUCUGUAUUCAAAGUGUUCAAAUAAAUUUGAGACCAAACCUUCCAAUUCAGACGGAACAGUACCGAGUUUUUAAUGGGCGUCCCCACUAAACUUUUAAGUCUAAUCGAGACUAUAAAAUGUACCGAUUUUCAUUAAACGUUCCAAUUUUUUUCCCCAAUUUCAUAGUUGAAAUUUAUAUUGUACAUUAAUAUAAAGUGUAUGAAAACGUCCAAUUAUAUUAAUAUACAGUGUUUUUAACGUUCCUUUUAAAAAGGAAUUUGUUCCCAUUCCUCGUUCCUUAUUUAAACGUUCCUUUAUGAAUAUCUUAUGCAGUCCAAAAUAAUUUUUAUACUUUUAUUUUGAAAAUAUUAUUAACUAAUUUGUUUUUAAAUAUUAAGUCGUAUGUCAUCAAAAAAUCGGUUGGAAAUGUCUUAUCUAUUAGAUUUAAAACUUGAAUUUUUCUCCCCAAGUGUGUUUUAGAAUACAUUUAAAAGAAGAAAAAGAGAUAAACAAUAUUUACGUUUCUAUUUCUUUAAAUAAUAAUGGAAUUCCUUUAUUCGUUCCUCUAAAAAAGAAUCAAUUCCGGGAAUCACUCCUUUAAAAACGCCUUCCUUAACAACACUGUUAAUAUAUUAUCGAACUAUCUGAAUUUAUUACACGACUGAAAUAUAAUGCAUUUAUCCCUUAUCAGUUAUCAAUUAUCAUUUUAGAUUCCGAACGUAGCAUGAGAGCUAUUGGUUUUUCUAAGAUGCUUAUUUUAUUCUUUUUUCUAGUCUGUGGACAUGUUUUUUCCUAGUAAACUUACUUCAAUGUAUAAGUGCAGCACCUUUUCUGAAAGCUCAAGUUGUCUAAAUAGUACUUUAGAGAUGUCAUUUUUCGAUUUUCGACUCCAUUUUUUAAAUAAAAGCACUUAAGUGGGAAAACGUACAAUUUCAUGACUUCAUUAUUUUAUAAAAACACGGACGACGUUUUCUACUAGAAAAACUGAUUUUAUCGAAAAAUCACAAGAUGCCUUUUAUGUUGCCUUUUUGAUUUACAGAAUCAUCGCCAAAACUUUUGAGCCACUUAUGAGCUGUUAAGAAAUUUUAAUUUUUAGGAGUUGCUGUUUUAUAAAUACAAUUUUAAGAGACUUAAAACUUAUAUUAGACUUACCUAAACGUGGUAAUAUUUCCAAAAACAUCGGACGACUUUUUUUGUUUUUAUAAACGUUUUGAAAUCAAAUUUAAACAAAAAUUGCAAAAAAAAUAUGACAAUUCAAAUUAUGUAUUACCGAACUACGCUGGAAAUCGUUUUUCGUCAGCUAUCGUUGCUUACAGAUAUAAAUGAAAUAUCAUAUAUAUCCUACCUUCCCAACUUCCCACCUACAACAGUGGCUGCACCCGUCCCCAGUAUCAGCUCUUUUUGUAUUUUAGAUUCUGAGUGGAGUGAAGAAGCUUAUAGUUUCACAAAAAUGUUUAUUUAUUUUUUUAUCUGUGCGUAACUUUUCUACCAGAACACUUGCUCGGAUUUCUACAUAUAGCACUUUUUAUGAAAGGAAAUCGACAUGGAGAUGUACUUUAGGGAAGUAAUUUUCUCAUCAAAAUUGAUAAACCAAAAAAAAAAAAAAAAAACGGGAAACAUACGAAAUACAUUUGUAUAAUACUUGUAUUACGAUAUUUUAUUUGUGCACGACUUUCCUACCAGCAAUUUUACUUCAACUUUUAAUAAUAGCAAUAUCUCUAAAAGGAAAUUUCACUAGCGAGGUACUUAAAAGGAUGUCAUUUUUCGAUUUUUCCAAUAGUUUUUCUAGCAAAUGUGAAAAAUCGGGAUAAACCAUGGGAAAACUGGAAAAAACGGUACAACAUUAAACAAAUUUUAUUAAAGAAAAUAUAUAAAGCCUAUUUAAUUAUUUUACUAUAAAAUGGCAUAUAUAUUGUUGACAAAGCAUCACUAUCUACUGAACUCUGCUCAGAAUUGUUUUUUUGUCAACAAUGGUUUAUCGUUGAUUACAGAUAUACAUUAAAUUCCUGUCUGUAUUCUACCUUCCCAACUUCCCACCUACAUUAGUGGCUCCACCCGCCCCCAUCAUCUUACCUUAUUUUUUUAACCGCAAACAUUUAGACAAUUAUCUGUUUAUUACAACUGUUUAAUAUUUUGUAAAAAGACAAAAUAAAAAGGUUAAAAAUUAUGCACUUAUUUUAAGAUCCCAAAUUUAUUUUUGUACAACUAUUAUUAUAGUUAAGUUUAUUUAAAAUAACAUUAUCCGGUUCUCAUCAUAGUUUUCUCCCUACGCCGUUUUCUGAUGACCUCAUACGACUUCCGUUUUGACUUACGUAGCCGAGCUUUGUUGAUCACAGGCAUGUUAUUUAGAUGGCUUUCGGGACUAAUAAGCUAAUAAGAUGAUCCUUCCCAAAGUUGUUUACUAACGCUAAGACGUAUUUAUGUCCCGCUUUGACCAACAACAUAAUAUCUGGUCACAUUAUCAAAUUAUAUAACAUAUUGUCCGCUAUAAUGUUUUAACCAGUGCUUGAAUUGGAAAAAAUAAAAUAAUUAAUACUAUGAUAUUUAAUAAAAAGUAGCAUCCUUUGUAAUAAUUGAAUUCAGCCGAUAAUUCAGAACAUAAGAAGCGGCACGUUCAAAUAUUUUAAGAAAAGAAUUGGCAUUCCGUCCCCUCCCACUCAACCCAAUUCAAGCACUGAUUUUAACACAAUUGGAAAUCUGCGGUAAUAUAAUUUCAUAUUUUGUUCAUACGACUGGCAAUCGAGGCGUGAUUUAUUUGUCGACUAAGUUUUCACAUGCGUGUGUAAAAUAUAAUGGGUACUAUUGGGUAGGGCUAUUGAUUUUUUAAAUAUCAGAACGGCGAUCAGCUAAAUCCAUACUCGAUAAUAGAAAUUAGGAGAGCAAAUUUUAUUUGUUCGUGAUGUAUAUUAAAUUAUAUAUAGGCUAUAUAGCUGAUUAGUAAUUCGUUUUGUAGAACAUAAUGACCCGUAAGAUUUCAUAAAGCUUAAGGCAGUGGUUCUUAAAGUGUGCGACAAAGUGUGAGUCUGGUUAGGUUACAGUGUCUGUAUAAGAGCGCUACGUCACUAUUUUGAAUGCUAACUGGUCUAAAAAUAAAUUUAAAACCCAAAUGACAGUGGAAACGGUGAGGCUGACGUCCUUUUUUUCCUCGGAAAACGCUUUUUCGGCUAGUAAAAAUGCUCAAUAUUAUUCGCACUGUACUUUAAAAGACGCGAACGCCCAAUAUAGUAAUUAAUUUAAACAAAAAACAUCUAGAUUACCCUCUUCACAUUUUCUCUAAAAUUAAGAAAACAUAACUGACAACGAUUGUUGUUUAAUCGGUUUUAUUUGCGUUAGUUAUACAAAGGGAAAAACACCGCGACUAAUAAUACUCCAAUCCAAAUAGAUUUUUAUUGCAAUGUAUUGCAAGAACGCCCUGAGAAAACCUUAGUUCAAAAUGAGAGCCACGGCCCAUAAAUCGAAAAAGUUUGAGAAGCCCCAGUAAUAAUACCUCAGUUACCAUUGCGUUCGCUCGUUCUAGGAUAAACACGUAAAUAGGUAAUUUUUAAAUAAUUACGUAGGUACUAUAUGGUUUUAUUCAUUUAAAAAUGAAACAAAAAGGCCCCAGUACAGCUUAAACGCCUUACACCUUAUUUGGUAUUAAAACCAUAGAGUUAAUUUAAAAGUUAAUAACAACAUAGGUACCUACUUUAACACAUUGCCAGUAAGUAAAGUUUACAGAUCCUAAUUAUUUAAAAUUUAUAGAAAAUUUAGGCAAUUUAUUAUUAUCAAUAUGAAUUUAAAUGAUUACAUUAUUGGAAAUUAAAAUGUAUUUUAUUAUAAUAUACAUACAUAUUUAUUUUACCGUGCUGUUUUACAGAUAAUCAUAGGUUCUGCAGUACAAGUAAUUUUAAGCAUUACGUCUUCGUAUUUCCUGUUCGUAUUUUAUAAAGAUAUAGGCAAAUAUAAUUUAAUACUUUGUUCGUCGGCAUUUGCAAUGAACGGAUUAUUGUUCACGAUUGAUGCUAUUAUCAUGUUUCAACAAAUCAUAUUUUCACGUCCACGAUAA